UGUGCAGAAGCGGAGCACACAAGCCACCAGUCACAUCAACCACAGCGCCACAUCAGUAUUAUUAAUAACCCCCCUCCUUUUUUAAAACUAACAAUUUACAACAAAACUUGUAUUAAAGUCACGUGAAUGCAGAGGGGAGGCGUUCAUUGAUUAUUGGAAGAAGUUGGAUUAAAACGCCACUUGGAAGUGAAGAAGCGGUUUCUUCCAGAUGCUCAUCAAGAUGAACUGGAGUCGGAUGGACCGACCGCUUCACCGGUAGUGUGGCCCGCGUAGAUAAGCCCCCCCCCACCCCCAAUGAGGUGAACCCCCUCUCUGCAUCCUGCCAGCAGCACUGUGAAAAAGGGAUGUCGGCGCUCUUCUUGCUUUUGGCAAUGUUCCUCCUCUCCAGCAGCAUCCAGAUGUCCCCCGCUGUCACCAUGGAUAAGCUGCAGGAGAGCUGGAAGUUGUACAUGGCGGAGUGCGAGCGCAACAACAGCAGAGCGCCUCCGAGUAGUGGUCUCGUGUGCAACAGAACCUUUGACAAGUACGCCUGCUGGCCCGACGGACUCCCCAAUACUACUGUUAGCGUGACAUGUCCGUGGUACCUACCGUGGUACCAUAAAGUUCAGCAUGGUAUGGUGUACCAAGAGUGUGAUGCUAAUGGUCAGUGGGUGACUAUGAAGAACACCAGUGAGUGUGAUUCCAAUGAUACCAGUCAGCAGUACUACGGACAUAUUCGCAUCAUGUACACAGUUGGAUAUUCGCUAUCAUUGGUGGCUCUGGUGUUGGCGCUAAGCAUCCUCAUAUUCUUCAGGAAGCUGCACUGCAUGAGGAACAACAUCCACAUGAACCUCUUUGCGUCCUUCAUCCUGCGGGCGCUGUCCAUCCUCAUCAAGGACGCGCUCAUGGAGGCCAACAUCACGUCGCAGGACCUGAGUCGGGACCAGGAGCAGGGAUUCUCACGGGCCUCCAUGUCGCCCGUGGACCUGCUGGUCAACAAUGAGAUAACCAUCAGCUGUCGUGUGGCGGCGGUGAUGAUGCAAUACAGCAUCUUGGCCAACAGCUACUGGCUCCUGGUGGAAGGCAUCUACCUCCACAACCUGCUGGUCAUCACCGUGUUUACAGAGAGGAACUAUUUCCAGAUCUACCUGUGCAUCGGCUGGGGUACGCCAUUAAUAUUCCUCAUUCCUUGGGUGAUCGCUAAAUAUCUCUAUGAGAAUCAAGAGUGCUGGGGUCAGAACAUAAACAUGAACUACUGGUGGAUCAUACGUUCUCCCAUACUGGUGGCAGUGCUGAUCAACUUCCUGAUUUUCAUCCACAUCAUCAAAAUACUGGUGUCCAAACUGAGAGCGCAUCAAAUGAGAUACACCGACUACAAAUUCAGGUUGGCCAAGUCGACUCUAACCCUCAUCCCUCUACUGGGCAUCCAUCAGGUGGUCUUCAUCUACGUGACGGACGAGGCGACCGAGACCACCAUCGGUUUACGUCUCACCAAGCUGGUCAUUGACCUUUUCUUCUCCUCCUUCCAGGGUCUCCUGGUAGCCAUCUUGUACUGCUUCGUCAACAAAGAAGUUCAGUCUGAAGUCCUGAAGAAGUGGAAGCGUUGGAAGCUGGGCCGUAAUAUCGAGGAGGAAUACCGCCACACGUACAGCAACACGCCCAACACCAAAACGGGCAGCCUGCUCAACCACGUCUCGCAGCGACUGCCUCACCUCCCCGACGUGGCUAAGCCGUCUACGCCCGUCUGCACAUCCGAGGAGUGGCACAUGUUGGUGGCCAACGGUGGCGGGGGGGCCCACGGCAAAGCGACGGGACAGCACGGCUCCCCGCUACACGAGGGGACGCUCAGUAACUGCACGCUAGUGGAGGACAUGAGCCUUGCGGACAAGGCCAAGAGCGUGAACAUGUGAAGGACGCCACAGGAAGUUCUUUUUAUUCUGCACUGAGCGGCUUUGAUGAACACUAAGCAAAGAGCGAGUGGGCGACUUUGCGGCCCCCACAGCCUGGGAACACACACACAGUGCUGCAUGGGGACGGCACAGGCGUAUCUCAAGGCAAGGCGAGCCAUGUGAAAUAAUACUAUUCGUCAAAAACAACCCUCAAACCUCAAACAGCAACUCAAAAGACUUUACAGCAUAUGAGCCUUUGAUUUUAUUUGUGUGUUGCAGCACUGCAGGCAAAUGUGGGCCUUCAACUGCACACACACACCAAACAUAUAGAUUAGUUGAUCGCAUAUUGCCAUACUAUACAGUAUACAAUAUCUUACAAAAGUGAGUCCAUCCUUCACAUUUCAACAAGUAUUUUUACAGUGGUGUAUCUUUUCAAGGGACAUUCAUUCAUUCAUUCAUUUGAGGGUCGCGGGGUGCUGGAGCCUAUCCCAGUUGUCUUCGGUCGAGAGGCGGGGUACACCCUGGACUGGUGGCCAGCCAAUCACAGGGCACAUAUAGACAAACAACCAUUCACACUCACAUUCAUACCUAAGGACAAUUUGGAGUCGCUAAUUAACCUAGCAUGUUUUUGGAAUGUGGGAGGAAACCGGAUUAAACCCACGCAUGCACGGGGAGAAUAUGCAAACUCCACACAGAGAUGGCCGAGGGUGGAAUUGAACCCCGGUCUCCUACCUGUGAGACCGCCGUGCAGCUCUCAAGGGACAUUCAUUCAUUCAUUCAUUUUCUACCGCUUAUCCUCAAGAGGGUCGCGGGGGUGCUGGAGCCUAUCCCAGCUGUCUUCGGGCGAGAGGCGGGGUACACCCUGGACUGGUCGCCAGCCAAUCACAGGGCACAUAUAGACAAACAACCAUUCACACUCACAUUCAUACCUAUGGACAAUUUGGAGUCACCAAUUUUUUUGGAAUGUGGGAGGAAACCGGAGUACCUGGAGAAAACCCACGCGUGCACGGGGAGAACAUGCAAACUCCACACAGAGAUAUCCGAGGGUGGAACUGAACCCUGGUCUCCUAGCUGUGAGUUCUGCACGCUAACCACUCGUCCGCCGUGCAGCUCUCAAGGGACAUUCAUUCAUUUUCUACCACUUAUCCUCACAAGGGUCGCGGGGGGGGGGGGGCUGGAGCCUAUCCCAGCUGUCUUCGGGCGAGAGGCGGGGUACUCUCAAGGGACAAUACUAUGAAAAUAAACAUGGCUACACUUUAGAGUAGUCUGUGUACAACUUGUAUAGCACUGUAGAGUUACUAUUCACUGAAAACAAGUCAACACACAUAAUUGUGCAUGCGCAUGAGUGCUGCCAGCAUUGGGGAGCUGCGGUUCAUUGACAGGAAACAUGAAUUCCGACAUGUUUCGACAUGACCUUCUGCAGCAGAAACAUAGUUAUUCAACAUAAUGAGUCCUAGAUAGUCACAUGUCUUCCUGAGGAAGGUGAUGGGAGUGAGACCACAUGACCAAAGGAGUGAGAGUGGUGCUCACACUUAAAUAUUCAUACCAAGGACACAAUAUGGAUAUGCUCAUGAGACAAUAAGACUCAUUUUCAAUGGACAGCGAAUCCUACACAAGCUGUACACUGACUACUCCAAAGUAGUCCAAUAUGAGGGGUGUACUCACUUUUAGGAGGUACUGUAUAACCUUGGUGGAGGUUAAAAAAAAAAAAAAAACAUGGCACAAAAGAAGAUGGCUGUAAAGUGUUGUUACGUGUUGUUUUUUUUAUAUCGUCUGUGCUCAUUUUGGUUCUGUUGACGUCGUGUGAGCGCCGUGUUCAUGGGAAACAGGCAGCUGCUCAGGCCAGGUCCUUCCUGGUUUACAUACAGGCCUGAAAAGAGGUCAAGAGAGGCUAUGAGAUGAAUUAUAAAUAAGAUGUAAUUGCUCGGCUCUUCUGUGAUUGGACAGAGGAGGAAGAGGGGGCGGGGGGCACAUACACUUUUUUGCAGCUUUAUAUGGUUAUGAUGCUAUCUAUAUACAGUGGUGUGAAAAAGCCGCCUUCCGGGUUUGUUAUAUUUUUGUUUGUUUUGUCACACUCAAAUGUUUCAGAUCAACAUAUUUAAAUAUUAAAUAUUAGUCAAUGACAACAAAAUCCAAACCUACAUGGCACUAUGUGAAAAAGUGAUUGCCCACUCCGGUGUUAAAAUAUUGAAAACAUAACUGAAAUUAAAUGCGAUCUCUCAGUUUGGAAAAUGUUAUCAAGCCAUUUGUGAAGCUUUGGGACUCCAGCAAACCACAGUGAGAGACAUUAUUGACACAUGGCAAAGACACGGAACAGUGGUGAACCUUCCCAGGAGUGGACAACCAACCAAAAUUAUCCCCUGAGUGGAGUGACGACUCCUCCAAGUGGUCACAAAAGCACCCCCCCCCCCCCCCCCCCAACAACAUCCAAAGAACAGUGUUCAUGACUCCACCAUAAGAAAGACACUGGGUAAAAAUGCCUGCAUGGCAGAGUUCCAAGCCCAAAAACACUGCUGAACAAAAAUAACAAUAAACAAUAAUAAUAAUAAUAAUAAUAACAAUAAUAAAUAAUAAGGGUCGUCUCAAUGUUGCCAAAAAACACUUAAUGAUCCCCAAGACCUUUGGAAAAUACUAGACGAGACAGAACCUAAACAUAUUGGAAGGUGUGAGUUCCAUUAUAACAGUAAUAAGAACAUCAUACCAACAGUAAAAUAUGGUGGUGGUAGUGUGAUGGUCUGGAACUGUUUUGUUGCUUCAAGACUUACUGUGAUAAAUGGAACCAUGAAUUCUACCCAAAAAAAAACCCUGAAGGAGAAUGUCCGGCAAUCUUUUUCUGACCUCAAGUUGAAACCAACUUGGGUUCUACAGCAGGACAAUGAUCCAAAACACACCAGGAAGUCCACCCCUGGAUGUAGACUUUGGAGUGGCCUAGUCAAAGUCCUGACCUGAAUCCUAUUGAGAUGCUGUGGCAUGACCUUAAAAAGGCUUCAUGCUGGAAAACCCUCCAUUGCGACUGAAUGACAACAAUUCUGCAAACAAACAAUUCUCCACAGCACUCUAUGAGACUCAUUGCAAGUUAUCACAAACGCUUCAUUGCAGUUGUUGCUGCUAAGGGUGGCAAUGACUUUUUCACACAGGGCCAUGGAGGUUUGGAUUUUUUUGCUCCCUUAAUAAUAAAACGUUUCAUUUUGAGUUCAGUUGAGUUGUCAUUGACUAAUAUUUAAACAUGUUUGAUGAUCUGAAACAAUUAAGCAUAACAAAUAGGCAAAAAAAUUACUAAAUAUAAACACUGUAACUAUAUGGGCAAAAGUACUGGGACGCUUGACUGGGUUAAUACAUGUCAUACAUGUCUUUCAAGUAAUACUGCAGCAUCUGACAAGUAGACCUUACUGUGCCUUUUACACAGAACCUUGCAAAGGUCAGUUAUUGCUAUAAACUGGGUGUGCUUUCACACAGCGACACGGCAUGCCACAAUUAUAUAAUUCCAUAAUACAGUAUCAGCGACUUGUUGAACAGUAACAACUGGAAACUGGUUUAUUACUGGGUUAGAUUUUCCCAAUAUUCUUCAUUUUGGACCAACAUGCUGAACAAGACCAUCACAUUUAUGGAAUAUAUUUAUUAAAGUCCACAUCCCUGGUGUAUAAAGUACUAUAAAAAAUAUAGUGGUAUUUAUCACAUAGCAAAUAAUGCAAAGCCAAUUCAAACAUUUUUAACCCCAAAUAAAAUAAAAACUAAUAAUUUUUUUAAGAAUAAUAAAAUUAACAAUAUAUAAAUAAUAAAAGAAUUAAAUUAAAUUAAAUUAAGAAAAAAAAUAAAAGUAAUAAAAUAAGAUUAAGAAUAAAAAUAAUUUUUUUUUUAGAAUAAUUAUAGUUUUACAUGCAGAAAAUGAACGGAUGGAAUUUAUUGUUGAUGUGGACUUCCCGAGAUCAAAUUCAGUACUGUUUUUCACUGUCUUUACCAAAGUGCUGGCACUCGCAACUUUAUUUGGCCCCAUGACGGGUUAUUUUGUAUGCAUAGUCAAUACAAAAUGCACAGACAAUGAGUCAGCAAUACUUAGGUGUUUUGUUUGGAGACUUGAUUCCACGGAACGAUAUUAUUUACUAGUUCGUAAAAACCGUGAAAACCGAGCAGGUGUAAAAACGAUGGAAAAUUUUAGCAAAAAAAAAAAACAAUCAUAUGAAAACUGGUGCAUCCCGGUGUGUACCAUUUUUUUUUAAAAAAGGCAACCCACACAGUUGUCAACAGUUGUCCAUUAUUCAGUGCGUCCCAAUUCUUUUGUCCACAUAUUAACAGCCCACCCAAACCUUGGAAGGCAAACUGUGCAGUGUCACACGCAUAAAUCCACGUUAGCACGGUGCAUUAAAGUUUUUUUUCAUCACGUAAAGUCCACACUGUCAUGCUGGAGGAAUGCACACUUUUUUUUAAAAUUUCCUCCACCCUGAGCUUAAAUGUUCUGACGCCGUGUCGGUGCUAGCAGGCGACUUUGUACGGCCUCACGCUCUCUCCUCGGGCUGUGGACGCUUUUUUUUUAACAACGCUCUGCACGCUCAAGAGCUGCAGAACAAACAAACAAAAAAAAGGUACGUUUUGUUUUUUUUUAAAGAACAAGCAUCAUGCGGAAUGAUUCUACCUGACUUUGUCUCUGUGUGUGUGUGACUGUUUGCACAACCUCCCACAUGAAUUUAUCACACAGUCUAUUAGGCCCACUUUAUUAGGUACACCUACACCAUUUAAUGACAUCAUCCAAUAGUAGUCUUAAAAAUGCUGUUUAUUAUUAUAUAUUAUUUGUGGAGGAUCCUAUGGGGUGUGUUUAAAAUGCUUUGGAAGACCAUAUCCUGUCUUUGGAAGACAGAUAUCCUCCAUGUUUUAUCAUUAUUCGACAAAUUAUCAAUGACUUAUGGACAAUUCAUUCAUAAGGUCCAGCCUUGCAGAAACAGUUUUGCUUAAUGGCGGCCAUGUUUUUCAACCAAUCUUGCUGUAAUUUUAAUAAAACACAUGUGUGCUUGUCAGUCCGUACAUACCUUUAUGUAUGUACCAAAUUUCAUAGAGAUACAACAAAACACUCUCAAGUUACAGUGGGGGUUUUGUGCCGGGUGAGACUUUUCAUGUCAAUUGGACUUAUGGGGUCGAACCUUGGGGUUUCAUAAUGUGGUGUAUCAAAGCACAUGCAAGACAGUGGGUUUGCAUGUUUGGAGCAAUUUUCAUCCUUUUGUGUGUAGAGGUUCAGGACUAUGCGAACCCCGUUGUUGGUCAGUAUUUUUUAAUAGGCAAAAAACAGGACAGAUUUUUUUGUUGUUGUUUUUAAAUUAUUGCAUUUUUUAAAAAUGUUUUUCAAUGUUGUAAAAAAAUAUUUUUGUAUUUUUAAUUUAAUUUGACAAUUUCUAAUAAUUAUAGUAAUUUCUUUAAAUGUCAUAUUUUUUUUUUAUAUUAUAUUUAAUUGUAAUUCACAAUUUUCACCACCAGGUAGAGCAACCACACGCCAACUGCAUUGGAAUGCAUGAAAAAAAUGAUAUUGAGCCACGUGGUAUACAUUGCCAUCAUCUACAAACAGUCUAUCUUUGCAAAAAAAUUACUUUUUAAACAUUAUUUGGUUGUACAAGUGUACCUAAUGAAGCGUCCUUUGAGUGCCUAUGUGUUACUAUGGGCCUUUUUUUUGUGUAGCUUGCUGUUGAUUCAGUAUUACAGUAUUUGCAGAUAUUAGUAUGAGUGGUCAGAAGUCACACCUUGUCUACAGUAUUACAGUAUAUUGACAUACUGGUGGUGGUGCUGCUGCAUACGAGUAGAAUAAAGAAUAUACUGUAUUAGUACACUCAGUGGGGUCGAUGUUUUGGUUUUUAUUUCCCAAAAAUAAGCUGUGACCUGGAUGUUCUUGUCAGCUUGGCUUCCUCCCCCGCCCUUUUCUAUGGACGUGGUUCAAUUUGAAUGUAUUGGCUAGAACUGUGUAUUGUUUCUUUAAGGUGUAUAGUAUUUUUGGUGUGAGUGCUCAGGUGUAUACACUUUAUCAGUAUAUGUAUUAUAUAUUGUGUCUAAAUGGUGGGAGAAUAAAAACGCAGUCAAAGCUGAA